AUGACUGAGGAAACUGAACUUCCCGAUGAUCUGGAAGUUUUGAGAUCGAUAUACCCGGAAAUCCAACUAAAGAAUGGUGGCCGUGAACUAGCAUUAGAAAUCAAACUGAAACCAGAAUCUAAAAUUAAUGUGAUUUUACAAUCAAGUGUUGGGAAAGAACUUGGGAGAUUCCAAACCAAGUAUUUUGAGCCUUUGAGGUUCCAUGCCGUGCUGCCCAUGCGUGUUGGCGUUGCAGAAAUAGAAUCAAGCUGGAUAUCAUUGGAUUUAUUGGAUGAGAUGAAGGCGAAAAUUAACAAUUUGGUUCAAGAUGCCGUUGAGACAGAUAUGAUGGAUUCAUUAUUAUACACUGUGAUUGAUUAUCUCACGGUAGAUCUGAUCCAAGAUUUUCAUGGAAAGUUGUUCAACAACGAUAUCAAGACCGAAUCUGAAUCCUAUUACGAAGAGCUUCAACAGACAAGUCAUGAGCAAAGAUUGUUAAAUUUUGCUACAGAUCGUUUCACAUGCUCCAUUUGUCUUGAUUCGUAUGAUGGUGUGGAUGGAUUAUUACUUGACUGUGAUCAUGCUUUUUGCAAACCAUGCUUCAAAGAAUAUGCAAUCCAGAUCAUUAACAAUUCAGAUGAUGCAUCCAAACUACAAUGUCCAAAUUGUCCAAUACCCAACCCUAAAAACCUACAUUUGAAAACAACUUCAGAACUUCGGACAAUCUUAUUCACAUCGAAAAUCACAAAAUCUACAUUAUUACAAGUUGUUGAACCUGAAUUAGUGGAGAAGUAUGAAUCAUUAAGACAUAAUUUCCUUUUUGAAAAAUUUCAACAAUAUUAUCCAUUCUCAUGUUCAAAAUGUCCAAGAUGUUCCCAUUGGGUGUUUCGAGAUGAUGUUGAUGAUAAACUGGUUAUUUGCGAUCAUUGUAAAUUGGCAUAUUGUUUUGAAUGUAAUCAUAGUUGGCAUGGGACUACAAAUUAUUGUGGAUCGAAAUUGAACUCAAUCCCAUAUGAAAUCAUUGAAGAAAUGCUUCAGGAUGAUACUUUAGAAUCUAGAAAGGAAAAAUUAUCACAGAUGUAUGGAAGAAGAACUUUGAAAUUGGCGAUUGAUGCAUUCAUCUCUGAAAAAUUGUUUAGAGAAGCUGUGGAGAAUGAAGAGGAUUUAAUGAGUUGUCCAAAAUGUUCAACCGUUGUGACGAAAUCUGAUGGUUGUAACAAGAUGAAGUACUCGGUUUGCUCAUUCCAUUUCUGUUAUCUAUGUGGUGAAUUAUUGGAUACGGCAAAUCCAUAUACGCAUUUCACUGACUUGAAAUCAGAGUGUUAUGGGAAAUUAUUUGAAGGCAUGCCAGGUACAGAGGAUUUAUAA